GUAAGACCGAACCGGAGAAAAAGAGCAUCACGCCAUUCUUGAGCAGAGAGGUGAGUGCAUUUGGCAAUAUUGGGCACCACUGUAGUUGAGCAAGCAACAACACGCACAAAGUAGCACUCCAUUCAUAAUUCCAGACAACGAUUCAUAAUUCCAUUCAAUGAGUCCUCCAUCAGUCUAACAAGUCGAAGACAACACCAUGGCCACAAACAAUGACAAAGGAAUUGCAAAGGAUGCUGAGCCACUCUUCAAGAACAUUCGCAGCAGUGAUCCUGAUGUCAAAAUCCUUGUGAAGUAUGAAGAUGGUGAGGGCAAACUGGCAACAAAGGAAUACCAAAUGUACGGACAACAUAUUUCUCAACUAAGCAAGUUCAUUGACACCUCAUUGUCUGUGGAAAUGAAGGAAAAAUCCACAAAGGAAAUUAUAUUUCAAGAUGUGCAGCCAGAGUUGUUUGAGAAAGCCAUCAAAUUCCAUCAAGAUCUUUGUGCCAUUCGGUCAAUUACGCCCAAAGAUGCCCUCUCUUUGGUUGAGUUCUAUGACAAGUACGAAUUUCAGCGAGGACUCAAUCUUUGUGAUGAUGUGCUUGUCAGCUACAUUGAAGAGCAAAAUGCACUGGAUAUGAUGACGCCUCCCCAUGACCUUGAUCUUCUCGUUGAGGCUGCGUCACUUGCAUUUCAAUGCAAUCUGACCAGGACCAAGGAUAUGGCCCUCUCGUACUUGGGCUCAAGAUUCAAGGAUUUGGAGUCUAUGUAUGGCCGAAUUAUGUUUGACUCCGGCCACCUUAAUAAGCUUCAUCAAUUGUUUGUGGAUGGUCAGUUUGAUGAUUGUCUCCCACACGAUAUGACAAAGGAGGAGGUGGCCUCUCCCUUGUUCCCAAAGUAUUUUGCAACACAUACGGCAGCAGUGUAUGGAGGUAGUACUUGUACGGCUGUUGAUUUGUCUGGGACCGGCACCGCAUUGGAUGGGAGAUAUUCGAGGCACAACAACGAUUUCAGAAAAGGGAGAGUCAUUUGGAAUGCUCGAUUUUGCGAGGUGUUAUUCGAGAAGGAAACUAAUACCGGAGACUGGGCAAUUGUCACCGAAGGCCAGGCCGGUAGUAGGCUCGUAUUGUUUACAUGUCCACACUCCAACAUCUUUGGAUUCCCCCCUGCUGGGCCUUGGAUGGAUGUUGAUGCUUCGGCCCCAAAGAACGUGCAACCACGUGUAACCCACAGAAGCUAGAUACAAAACCGCGGCAAGCCCAUCGUCACUCUUGAACCCAAACACUGCUUGUUAUUUAUAGUAGAGAAUCUAUUUUAUUCCUAGCUGGCUCAUUUCGCUCAU